AUGAUGGGCAGCCCGGGGUCUCUGGCAAAAUAUCGCCUGAGGGGCAAGAAAAGAGGGAGAACAAAGCGUAGGCAGUCAGCGAUUAGCAAACCUGUUGAUGAGGCCGAGACCCAGGAUCGCAGCCUCCGACCUGGUAGCACCCAUAGCGACGACCCGGGUCAAGGCAGCCACAGACGCACUUGCUCCGAGCACGACGAAGACAUCGAGAAGAUCACACAACAGAAGGAGAUCAGCGAAGCUCUUACACGUUUGGCCCGAGGGGAUCUGGAGGAAUACUGGAAAGUUAUGACAAACCUAUGUGCGCUAAUAAAACUGGCUUGGAGAGAGGCACCUUUUCUUAUUUCAUCCAUGAAGAAAGCGGUAGGAUGCGACAAUGCCGCGUUGAUCACUUUCAUCCAGAAAGGGCCCCAUACCGACAUCAUCCCGCAGAAUAGCCUACCAUGGCAAUGCGUUCAAAGUGAAUCAGGAUCGCCCGGUAGAAGAUCUCCAAGUCCUCCUUCGCCCUUGAGCCGUAGCGCCGACUCGCCGCCGGAGGUGGUGCAGCAGCAAGAUUCUGGAGAUACCGAGCUAAAUAGUCCGCCAAUUCAGACUUCAUUGACGCCCACUCAGCAACGAUCACAACCGACGCAGCAGAUCGCGCACGUGGGGUCAGAAUGGACGGCACCAUCGACGAUAGCUGGUGGUACCAAUUUGGACCAAAAGAGUGCUCAACACCAACAGGAGCAGGAUCCAAGUGUGCAACCCGCUCAUAUGAACGGUACUGUACCGGACAGUUUGCCUUCUACUCAGGUUGGAUGGACGACAGCCGGUGUGGUUCAUUCCCAGGCACCGAUCCUCUCGGUACCCCCCGCACGGCCCUAUUCCCUUGUGAGCGCUGCACCACAGUCACACCAAGCUUCGUGGACCACCGACGCAAAUCCACAGAAACUCUCUGCUCCAUCACAUCCGGCGCCAGGUGCUGCGCCGGGAUCCUUUCUCAAUCAUGUUAUAAACCACGGUGUUCAAGCUGGCAUGUCGCAUCCCUCACCAGCGCAUUCUUACCAUCCAGGCUACCCUCACACUCAUGUAUAUGGCUCCUUGCAGCCGCAUUACACUAUUCACACACCUUCUACUACUGCCUACACUGAUGCGAAUGGGCCGUCCCAACAUAUCUCUCAAUUGACAAACGCUCAAACUGGCCCCGCUUUGCCCAAUAUUGCCGUACCUCCAACCGCAUCCCAACCAGGCCCGCAAUGGAUGGCCCAUGCGGGUGGCUUCCCGCAAGCGUCAACACACUUUCCGCGGGCGCAGCAGGUGGACAGUGCAUUUCCUGCCCAUCCUAGUGGCCAGUUGCAGGGCACAUUCGUUCAACCAGGACAGCUACAAACAUCCUCUCAGUCGUUCGCUGGACAGGUUUCGAUGGAACUCCCACGGCAACCGCAGUGGCCAACGCAGCCGCAAGGUGGAGGAAGCAUGACGGAAACCGACCUUUAUGGAUUGGGCAUAAUAGGACCCACUGACCAUCCCUUCUGA